GCGUCACCCACUUCCGCUCUCCGGAGAGAAGGAAAAGGAAAAAAGAAAAAUCCAAACCCUCGGAGAAACCCUAGGUCGGCGGCUCUCUCGUAGGUCGCGGCGACUCGGCGGCGAUGGCCGGGUACGGGUACCGCAGCCGGAGCCGGAGCCGGAGCUUCAGCCCCCCGCGGCGGAGGUACAGCCGGAGCCCUCCGCGGUACAAGCGCUACGACGACCCGCGCGACCGCUAUCCUCGCGGCGGCGGGGGCGGGGGCGGAGGGGGAGGGCCCCGCCGCGGGUACGGCCGGCCGCCUGCGCCGACCGGGCUCCUCAUCCGCAACAUCUCUCUCACCGCUAGGCCUGAAGAUAUUCGUAUUCCCUUUGAGCAAUUUGGCCCUGUGAAGGAUGUCUACCUUCCAAGGAAUUUCCACACGAGGGAAUUACGUGGUUUUGGGUUUGUAAAAUUCCGCUACCCAGAAGACGCUGCAGCGGCCAAGCAAGAAAUGAAUCAUCAAGUUAUUGGUGGACGAGAGAUUUCAAUAGUUUUUGCUGAGGAGAAUAGAAAAACCCCACAAGAAAUGCGGAUGAGGACAAGAACAAGUGGAAGAUACAUGGAUGGUAGCCACAGAAGGCGGUCGGUAUCAAGAUCUCCAAGGUCUCGUUACCAUUCUUAUUCACCUUCACCCUCUCCAGCUAGACGUGACUACAGGGAUCAGCGUGAUGAUUAUUCACCUGGGGAAUCAUACUCUCCACAUGCUCAGGACAAGAGGCACAACAGAUCAAAUGGUCGAUCUGCUAGCCCAGAUGAGCAUGGGCGUCAGGUAUCUCCAUCCAAUAAUGGACACGCUCCACCAGUUGAUGGAAAGAGCCCAUAAAGAUCUCACUUCUAAAGGCUGGACAACUGUUUGAAGUUUGGAGUUGAACCAAGAGAUGGAACCUGGGAGCGUGCAAAUUACACCACCACGGAAUGUACCGUGGUAAUGUCUUUUCUGCUAUUUUGUCUAGAAUAGAUGAGCAAGUAUGGUAGUGAAGUUUGUACUCCACACAAUUAGCGAUUGAUACUUCUGUUAGCAACUGCUGCUUUUGCUGACUUUGUUUUUAACUUAUAUAAUGAUUUUCUAUAUGAUCUUAGUUUGUUUGCCUUCAUCGCGACAUCUUGUGAUCACUGAUCCAGUUGAUUCUGUU